CUGAUUUUAGGAUGCCCCGGAGAGAGGAUUGCCCACCCCGAUGGUUCUUCAGAGGAACAGCAGCACCAAGGAGCUGACACUUUUUGCAGCGGAGGCCAUUGCGGUGAACCGGCAGCUUUCCCAACACGACAGCGACCUGAGUGAGGAGAGUGAAAGUUUUAUCCAGAAAAUCUGCUCCAUGAGACUCUCCCCUCCAUCGAAAUCCCGCCUGGCCAAGCGCCGGGCCCGGGCCCUGGCCAGCAAAGGCAGCGCUGCUGUAAGUGCCACUCUGGGGGUGUGACCUUGGAGGACUGCGCUCGACCAUGGACUCCCGGGGGUGUGA